AUGGUCCACCCUACCACCACCUGCUGCAAAACCAGCCAAGAUGGCUCCUGCGUCUGUGCCGCCCAGGCCAAGUGCUCCUGCGGCCAACAGAGCGCCCUCCACUGCAGCUGCAAUAGGGCUUCUUCCGAGAACACCGUAUCUGGUCCCCGCUGCUCAUGCCGCUCUCGCCCAGCUGGCCAAUGCACCUGUGAGCGCUCUGUCACUGAGAACCAGCCUAUCGCUGGUGAGAAGUGUGCCUGUGGCAGCCGUCCUCAAGCUUCUUGCACCUGUGAAAAGGCUGCUGCUGUUGAUUCCGCCCUCGAGGUGGACUUCACUGGCACCGCUUAA